UCAAGUCGAGCCUUGCAACACGAAUUUGAUACACGCACAGGUAACCCAAGCAUCUCUCAUUGUCCGUCCCAUUAGCAUGUACAUAUAUAUAAGUUGUCAGUGGAUGAGGCGCGCAAUCACACACAGCCUUACCUCUCUGGAUCAGCGCGAGGAGAAAUCUUCACAGUUUGAAAAUGUCACUUACUUCCAUCCUCUCGGCUGAUGCCAUUCAAAAUGCUGUCAAAGACUGCCAAGCUCCAGACUCCUUCUGUUAUAAGAAGUUCUUCCAACUUUGUGGCCUGAGCCAGAAAAGUCCCCAAGAGGUGAAGGAUGUCUUCCGCAUCAUAGAUGAGGAUAACAGUGGAUUCAUUGAGGAGGCUGAGCUCAAGUUCUUUCUCCAGCGAUUUUUCCCAGGGGCACGAACUCUGACCGAAAAGGAGAUUAAGAGCCUCCUUACAGCUGCAGAUGAUGAUAGCGAUGGCCGCAUUGGAGUAGACGAGUUCCAGACUAUGGUGUUAUCCUGAAAAACUCCCUCAGCUAUAAGCUGAAACCUCAUCAUUCGUUUUACUUUUUACACCUGAUUACUUAAAAAAAAAAGAGAAAAAAAGAAAGAAAAAAGAAUCAACACAUAAAGUAAAUGUACUUGACUUUUGAAUACUUGUGUCUUGUUUUGUUGUCCCACAUUCACCCCAAAUGACCAAUGACAAAACUGUUCAGGGAAAAUAAAAGUCACUAAACUGA